AUGGCCUUCCUCCAGCAGCCCGCGCUCGCCCUCCCCCAACUCCUCCUCCUGACCGCGUCCCUCACGUGCCAGGAUCAGGCGCAGACCACCGACUGGAGGGCCACCCUGAACACCAUCCGGAACGGCGUGCACAAGAUGGACACGUACCUGAACGCCGCCUUGGAUCUCCUGGGGGGCGAGGACGGGCUGUGCCAGUUUAAGUGCAGUGACAGAUCUAAGCCUUUCCCACGUUAUGGUUAUAAACUCUCCCCACCGAAUGGAUGUGGCUCUCCACUGUUCGGUGUUCAUCUUAACAUCGGCAUCCCUUCCCUGACAAAGUGCUGCAACCAGCACGACAGGUGCUACGAGACAGGCGGCAAAGGCAAGAACGACUGUGAUGAGGAGUUGCAGUACUGCCUCUCCAAGAUCUGCCAAGACGAUGUGCAGAAAACACUAGGACUAGCCCAGCACAUUGAGGCAUGUGAAACAACAGUGGAGCUCUUACUUGGCAGUGUUAUGCAUUUAGGCUGUAAACCAUACCUGGACAGCCAGCGAGCUGCAUGUCGGUGUCGCUAGGCUGCUGGGUGCUAACAGCAGAUGAGAACAGAAGAACAUAACUUUGGACAGAGAACUGAUGUUUUUACAGCAGGAAGCUGCCUUAUUUUUGUGAAAGGAUUAUUUUAAGACCUCAUUUUGACACUAAAACUUCAAACUAAGGAAGAAAGUGGGAGAGGUUAACUUCCUGGACUGCUGCCUUAGUGCACCAAAUUGUCUUGACCAGUGUCACAAGGAGGUGUAUAUUAAAGGGGGAGUUUUUAAGGGUCUGUAACUAAAUUUUCACAACCAUGUUUGCAAAAGAGAUCAUAUGUAAAAUUCAUUUAUAAGGUAUGUUCAGCAUUAUCUUAUUUAGAUACAUGGGAUUCUUCACUUAGUGUAUUUGUUUACUAUAAAAUUUAAAAUAUAUGUUUAUGCUUGGAAGGAUCUGACUUUAUUUUUCUCUAUUUUAAUUAACUCAUAAUAUGCUAUUUUGCUGUAGCCCAUCAAGCGUUUGAAUAAGUCAUGCUUCUGUUAAUGACAGGACUAGUUAUAAGGACAAGGUUUCUGUAUCUAUUUCUUACGAAAUUGAAACCAUUAGCUGGUGACCUCUUUGGGAAUAAAACCAGGAUACCUAAGUAUUACGGAGUGUGUGUAGAAGGUGACAUGAACAAAAUUCAGAAGCACAGCCAUUCCCAUCUUAUGAACCACUCAUAAGGCAAAUGUUAUAUUUUGCUCUAACUGUUGCCUAAAUUAGAGAAAAGAUGGAUUUAAUGAGACAAAUGAAAAUUUGUUCCACAGACUUACCAGAGCAUUAUAUACUGUUAUGCUUUGGUGUUUAUUCCCAUGCACUUGCUCCUCAUAGUAGAUUCUGGGAUAUUUAAA